CAUAAAAUUUGUGUCCCCAAAACAGUAAAGAAAGCAGUACAAACUCCUCGAUAUAUAUUGCUGAUGUGGUUGACUCAAAUUUCACUGGUUUACUUCAAAAUAAAUCAUCCCAGGGAAUAAGCUGGUUGAGGUGAUAGAAACCGUAGCUGGGACCGGAUACAACUGUUUAGUGUUUUGGGAUGAAAGAACUUGCACCUACUGAGUGUCUGAACCAUCGUAAAUUUUAAACAGAUUUCAUCGUUUAUGAACAAAGCACUUGUACAAUGAAUUUUAUUUAAUGGGAGGUGAUUUCAAACACACAGGAAAUGGAUUCAGUUGAUGAUCAACCAUUUUACCAGUGUAAUGUGUGUGAUGAUAAAUUUGAAUUAUACACCGACUUGGAGACACAUUGUAAAAUACAUGUUAAAGAAGAGCCACAUACUUUACAACAAUAUGCUAUUUCAGUUAUAGAAGAGCAGUCUACAGCAAGUACUUCACCACAGUGUACUAGUUCAGUUAAACAAGAAGAACUUUUACCCAGUACUUUACAAGACCUGACUAAUUCAGUUAAGCAAGAGGAACCAUUACCCAGUACUUUACAAGACCUGACUAGUUCAGUUAAAGAAGAGCCAGCAAUACCAAGUAUUUUACAAGAGUUUACUACAUGCAGUUCAGGUAAAGCAGAGGCAUCAUUACCAAGUACUUUACAAGACUGUGCUAGUAGGCCUACCGGUACUGAAGAUACAUCAAUAUCAGUGUCAAAUAAUUUACAAGGCGGUACUAGUACUGCUACAGAAGAGGUAUCAAUAGCAUGCACUUUACAAGACUGUAGUAGUAGGCCUACCUGUACAGAAGAGAUACCUUUACAACAAUGUACCACACAAGUUAAAGAAGAAAAAACAGAUAAUGAUGAUGGCAGUGUUAAUCCUAAAAUUGAAAAAGGAGGAAAAUGUUUUAAAUGUGAUGUUUGUAAUAAAUCAUUUAAAAGGACUACUCAUCUAAACAACCACAUCAGAAUUCAUACUGGUGAAAAACCUUAUACAUGUAAUGUUUGUAGCAAAGCAUUUAAGAUUAAGGGCAAUUUAAAGAAACAUAUGAUAAUUCAUACAGAAUUAAAACCAAGAAGGCCUACAUGUGAUUUUUGUGGCAAAUCAUUUAAAAGAAAGUUAGAACUUAAGGAACACGAACGAGUUCAUUCUGAAGAGAGAAAUUAUCAGUGCAGUGAAUGUGAUAAAUGCUUCAAGUCCUCAAAUGGUCUCAUGACACAUCAAGUGACACAUACUGUUUCUAGACAAAAAUCUUUUAAUUGUGAAAUCUGUUUUAAAUCAUUUCCAACAAAAGGAGCUCGCAAUUAUCACAUAAAAAUUCACAAGGAAGAGAAAAGUUAUAAAUGUUUUGUGUGUAGGGCUAAAUUUUUUAGUCAGAGUCAACUGGAACGACAUCUUGAUGCACAGCACAAAGAAGAUGAAAUCACAGGGAAUUCGUUAAAAUGCAAUAUGUGUCUUAAAACAUUCUGUGAUAAAAGUACUCUCAAGGAACACAUCAUGAGUCACUCUGAUGAAGUAAGACCUUAUAAAUGUGAUGUUUGUGAAAAGUCAUUUACUUAUAAGUCUAAUCGUGACACGCACAUCAGAGUACAUACGGGAGACAAGCCUUUUAAAUGUAAUGUUUGUAGUAAAUCAUUUUCACGUGCAGGGAAUGUUCAGAAGCACAUGGCCGUUCAUAUAGUAGGUAAAACAUUUACCUGUGAUGUUUGUGGCAAGUCAUUUAAUGUUAAACAUAAACUUGUAGUUCAUAGGAAAAUUCAUACAAGAGAGAAGAAUUACAAAUGUGAUAUUUGUGGUAGUGCAUUUGCUUAUGCAGUUAGUCUCAGAAUGCACUACUUGAGGCAUACAGGUGAAACACCUUUCAAAUGUGAUAUUUGUAAUAGUUCAUUCAUUACCAUUGGAUUUCUAAGGCAACACUCCAGAAUUCAUAUUAAAGGAAAGGGUUUUAAAUGUAGCGUAUGCAGCAAGAAAUUUCUCAGUAAUUCUGCUUUUCAAAUUCAUAUGAGAAUUCAUACGGGUGAAAAACCUUUCAAGUGUGAUAUUUGUAAUAAAUAUUUUUCAACUCAAAGUUAUUUGAAACGGCAUUGUACUACCCAUUCAUCUUCUAAGUACUUUUCUCUAAUAGAGGCGGAAAUAAAUGGUAUAACUAGUGAAGUUUUGAAAAAUGUUGUUACGAAAAAGUUUAAAUGUGAUAUAUGUAGUAAAUCCUUUAAGCACAGUAAUAGUUUAGAUUCACAUUUGAGGGUCCAUACAGGCGUGAAACCAUAUAAAUGUGAUGUUUGUAAUAAAUCAUUUGCUGCCAAAGGCAAUCGAAAUCAGCACAUGGCUAUUCAUUCUGAUGAAACGCCCUUCACAUGUCGUUUUUGUGGCAGAUGUUUUAAGACGAAUCAUCUUCUUCAGAGUCACCAGAAAGUUCAUACUGGACCUAAGGAACAUACAUGUAUCGUAUGUAGGCAAAUAUUUCCUACAGCAACUCACCUCAAAUAUCAUUCCUUAAUACACAGCGGAGAAGAACCUUUCCAGUGUGAUGCUUGUGAUGAAACGUUUGAAUCACAGAGUUGUUUGAAUCGUCAUUGCUUCAUCCAUGCACCUGUAAAGUCUUUGUCUCAGAAAGAGGAAGAAAUAAAUGAUUUGACCAGUGCAGUGUUGAACAGUAUCAAUGGAAGUAAUUCUGCUGCCUCUAACACAGAACAACAUCGCCAUCUACAUAUAGAAAAAGAUCAUAGUGGAUUUAAUGCCAAUGAUGCUGACCGUGAGGGGGAUAAUACUGGUGACCAUGGUGGUGCUGAUGUUGCUGGAACCAAUGAGUUGAAUGAAAUAGAUGAUUUAGAAACAAGGAGAAUACAAGAUAUAUCUGUUAAUAAAGAUCUGAAAUUAGAGACAAAUGAUAAUGUACAAGUACCUGUGGAGGAAGAGUCCGAUUUACCAGACAAAGAAUCAUCCCAAAUUGAUCUUAGUAAUAAAUGUAAUGAAUUAAACUAUAAAGAACAUAAAACAGAUUUUGGUGGUACUCUUGGUGAGCCUGGCAUUCUUACAGAAGCAAAAUCUGUUAAAAAUGAUGUUUGUGACAAGUCAUUUGCUAGUCAGGAAAAUCUAAACUUAGUAGUGGAUGUUCAAAAGGAUCAAGACUGUGUUUGUGAUUUUUGUGGGAAAUCCUUAAAAAAACAUCAGCUCCAGGCCCACAUCAAGACUCAUUCUGGAAAAAGACCUUUUGAGUGUAACAUUUGUGGGAGGAGAUAUAAACAAAAGUGUAUCCUCCAACUCCAUCUGAAUACUCACAGUGAAGACACAUGUCAUAAAUGUAGCAUCUGUAAUAGGGUCUUUGGUAGACAAGGUGGACUCAAAUCACAUAUGAAAACUCAUACAGAAACGAAGUUGUUUAAAUGUUCUAUAUGCAGUAAAAAAUACUAUAACCAUAUCCAACUAGAAAGGCACCUUUCUGGUAGGAUCAAAGAUAUUUCUUGUGAUGUUUGUCAAAAACAAUUUUGUACGAACACUCAACUACAGAACCACAGCAAAUUCCAUUCAGAAAUAAAACCAUUUGAAUGUGAUGUUUGUGAUAAAUCAUUUUAUACAAAGACUAAUCUGACUAAACAUAAGAGAAUUCAUACGGGUGAAAAACCUUAUAAAUGUACCAAAUGUGAUAAAUCGUUUGCAGAAAAGGGCAAUCUAACUAUACAUAUGGUCGUUCAUACGGAAGAAAAAAAGUUUACCUGCGACAUAUGUGGCAAGUCAUUUAAUUCGAAACGUAAACUUGUAGUUCAUUUGAAAAUUCAUACAGGUGAGAAAAAUUACAAAUGUGAUAUUUGUGGUAAAGCCUAUGCAGCAUUGACUCAUCUCAAAAAUCACAUUUUGACUCAUAGCGAUGUAAAGGGUUUUAAAUGUGAUGUUUGUGGUAAAGCCUUCUAUAAUGCAAAGCUUCGAGAUAUGCAUUCCAUAAUUCAUAUCACAGAGAAACAUUUGGAAUGCAAGAUAUGUGGGAAAUUAUUUGGCCAUCCCACCAAGUUAACGGAACAUAUGAGAACUCAUACAAGAAAACGCAAAUCGUUUGUAUGUGAUAUUUGUGGUAAAGUUUUCGCAUCGAGAUCUUCUUACAAAGGUCACAUCUACACCCAUUCAGAUUACAAACCCUAUAAAUGCCAUGUCUGUGAUAGGACAUUUUGCACCAGCCAACUUCUUAAAAACCACAUGAUGUUCCAUAUUAAAGACGAUCCUUUCAAGUGCGAAGUUUGUAACAAGUCAUUCUCUCAACCAAGCGGUUUAUCAAAACACGUAAAGGAGAAUCACGGAGAACCGUCCCUAAAAUGUAAUGUAUGUGAGCAAUCAUUUCGGAAGGUUAGUGAUCUUAAUAGACACAUUGUAACUCAUACCGGAGCAAAGCCAUAUAAAUGUGAACUUUGUAGUAAAACUUUUAUUCUUCCGAGAUGUUUGCAAAACCACAUGAAAAGCCAUUCCAAACCGAAACCUUUUAAAUGCGAGUUUUGCAAUGAGUCAUUUUUACGGAGUUGUCGGUUGCGUAAGCACCAGAUCAAAAAGCACGACGUAAAACCUUACAAAUGUGAUGAUUGUGACAAAACAUUUACAAGCACUGGUAAUUUAGAGGUGCAUGUUAGAACUCAUACAGGAAACAGACCAUAUAAAUGCCAUCUUUGUAGUAAAUCAUUUAUUGCUCGAGGUAAUCUUACCAGACAUGUGCUCGUUCAUUCUGGUGUGAAACCAUUUAAAUGUGAUGUUUGUAGUAAAACAUUUGCUGAUAAAAGUAAUUUAAACCAACACAUGGUAACCCAUUCUAAAGAAAACCCAUUUGAAUGUGAAUUUUGUUAUAAGGCCUUUAAUGCAAAACGUAAACUGAAACUUCACAUGAAAGUUCAUUCAUCAUGUUGCACGAAUAUGUAGUCAUUUCAUUUAUCAGGGGGGUUGGAUGGCGGAAUGGUUAGCAUGUGCGCUGUAUCAUAAGGUCUGUCAUUGAGUCAACUGGCAAGGUUUUGAUUCCCCGGUUGUACAUGACAAGGAUUAGGGUCGCAUGUCCAACCUCGUGGGGUUUUCUCUGGGUC